AUGAAACAUACUAGUAGACUAUGGAAAAGUGCAUGUUCAUUGGUCCAACCAGUUCACCAUAAAGUCAAGAUCGAUAAACGGAUGCUAUCUCCAAGGUUCCCUGAAUUGAAAUAUGAAAAAAAUGAUAUCAGAUCACCAAGAUUCAAACCAGUUACUACCCAUCAAGACGCAUUACAUUCCCAUUAUUUAAAUACAUUGAAAUCUGAUUUAUUAUUGAUAAAUUUCGAGCAUAAUGCUCAGAGUGUAAAGGGCUCAAAGUUUACACCUUGGGAUGGCUCUUCUCCCUAUCAUAUCAACAGACCUCCAAAGAGACCUGCUUUCACUGGUUCUUCAAGAGAAGUACCAGAUUUGCAUCCCAUCGAUUGGUCGAAUAUUCCAGAAUUAGAGAGCGUUGUUUUAAAUUGUUACGUUAAUAAAGGUCAAGAAAAUAUUAAUUAUCCAACUGUUGCUUAUUUACAAUUACAACAAAUUACUUCACAAAAACCUUCAUAUAUAUAUUCAAAGAAGGACAUGCCUGCAUUCAGUGUAAGACGAGGCAAAAAAAUGGGCGCUAAAAUCAUUUUGAAAGGUAAACCAAUGUAUCAAUUCUUAACCACCUUGAAUAACUUUGUAUUACCAAGAAUUAGAGAAUUUAAAGGUAUCUCUAAAUCCAAUGGUAAUGGCUUCGGUUCCAUUUCAAUUGGUUUAAAACCAAGCCAUAUUAAAUUUUUCCCAGAAAUCAAUUACAAUGAAGAAUUUUGGCCAACAACCUUUGGAAUGCAUAUUAAUAUUAAUACAACUUCACAAACUGAUACUAGAGCAAAGAAUUUAUUGUCUGCUUUAGAGAUUCCUAUCCAAACUUAA